AUGGAUAAAAAACCCUGCAAUUCUCAGGAUGCUGAAGUGAGAAAAGGGCCAUGGACCUUAGAAGAAGACUUGAUUCUUAUCAACUAUAUUGCUAAUCAUGGUGAAGGAGUUUGGAACUCUCUAGCAAAAUCUGCUGGACUGAAACGUACUGGAAAAAGUUGCCGCCUCCGAUGGCUGAACUACCUGAGGCCUGAUGUCCGCAGAGGUAAUAUCACAGAUGAAGAACAACAGUUGAUCAUGGAACUGCAUGCUAAGUGGGGGAACAGGUGGUCCAAAAUCGCAAAGCAUCUGCCAGGAAGAACCGAUAACGAGAUUAAGAAUUUCUGGAGGACCAGAAUCCAAAAGCACAUAAAGAAUGCAGAAACAUUCACUGCGCAGAGUUCUGAUCAGACACAUGAUCAAGCAACUACAAGCCAAGUCAUGGGUGCUGCACAUGUUGCUGAUUCUUAUUCUCCACCAUCCUACCCUGCCAAUCUCGAGGCUUUUCCGGGUCCUUCAUCGGCUGAAUCCAAUGAUAAUUUCUGGACCAUGGAAGACAUCUGGUCUAUGCAGCUACUUAAUGGAGAUUAA